CCUCCCCACCUGAGUGAGCUCCACCACACACACGCCAGUCGCCGCCGGCUUUUGCUUCCUCCGCCUCCGCCUCGCGAUGGUAACCACCCACCACCUCUGCCUCCUCCGGUCGACCGUCCUCUCCGUUCCCGUCCGCCUCCGUGCACCCCGGGCUCCCCCUCACCCCCGCCUGCCCACCGCCUCCGCCUCCGCCUCCUCCUAUCAUGGGCCAACGCACCUCCGCCGCCUGCGGCCACUGCGCGCCGCCGCCGCCGCCGCCGGAGGAGCCUCGCCGGAUGGCGCUGAUGGGGCCAAGCGCCCCGCGCCCGCGGCGGCGUCUUCCUCGCUGGGAGCCGCGCUGGUCGGCUUCGCGCGUAGCAACUUCCUCCCGCUAGCUCUAAUUGCUGGGAUUGCUCUGGCCCUCAUGGAUCCUACACUCGGAUGCCUUGCUCACAAAUAUUCACUGUCAAAGUACAGCACCUUCGGGAUAUUCCUUAUCUCAGGACUGACUCUGCGAACCAAGGAACUUGGUGCAGCACUAGAAGCUUGGCCUGCAGGGCUUUUUGGACUUGCCUCAAUCUUGCUGUUUACACCCUUUUUGGCUCAGUUUAUUAUGCAAAUUAAGUUCUUCCCUCAUGAAUUUAUCACUGGGUUGGCUAUGUUUUGUUGCAUGCCAACAACAUUAUCAAGUGGAGUCACCUUAACUCAGCUUGUUGGUGGUAACACUGCUCUUGCUCUCGCAAUGACGGCUAUAUCAAACUUACUGGGCAUUAUGAUUGUACCUCUUUCUCUUGCAAAGUACAUUGGUGUUGGAGCUGGGGUGUCUUUGCCCACAGAGAAACUAUUUAAAAGUCUGGUUACAACCCUUCUUAUCCCCAUUAUUUUAGGAAAGGUUGCUCGAGAAACAUCAAAAGGUAUUGCUGGCUUUGUUGAUGGAAAUAAGCAGGGCUUUUCAGUUACAAGUGCUAUUCUUCUCAGCUUAGUCCCAUGGAUACAAGUAAGCAGAUCAAGAUCACUGCUCUUAUCUGUUCAACCAAAAGCCUUUGCUGUUGCUGUCACUGUUGGAGUGCUUUUGCACUUUGCUCUGUUGGCUUUCAAUGCUGCAGCAUUGCAUAUCUUGUCACGUCUUGAACAAAGAGGAGUGUCUGUCUUUGCAAGGAAUGAGUAUGCUCGAGCUGUCAUUUUAGUGGCCAGUCAGAAAACAUUGCCAGUGCUGGUUGCCGUGGUUGAGCAGCUUGGAGGUGCUCUCGGAGAAUCAGGGUUGCUGGUAAUCCCAUGUGUUGCUGCACAUAUUAACCAGAUUAUUAUCGACUCUAUCAUAGUAAAUUGGUGGCGCCAAAGAGAUCAACAAUUUGCUAAUGCAAAAUAAAUUCAAAAUGGGUAAAACAAAAAAAAUAAGUAGCAAGUAACAUAGAAUCGUUUGGCAACGAUGCCCUUUGAGUUUACCGCAUAUUAGUUUUUUAUGAUUCCGUAGGAAACAACAAUGAAACUAUUUUUGUGUAGAAAGUUCAUUGAGUUGCUUCCAUGGAGCACUUUCUGUUAUGCAUCAAUCAUACUCCAUCUAGUCAUAAAUAUGCAAUGUUUAGGACAAUAUUCUAUCAAACUUUUAAAUUUCGCCAUCAAUUUCAUAUUGGAAUAUGUUUAUGAUAUUAUGGUGGUACUUCUUGAGACAAAUCUAUGUGUGUGUGUGUGUAUAUAUAUAUAUAUAUAUAUGUUUAUAUAUGUUUUAAAACUAAGUAUUUGAGAAAUUAUUGAUGGUCAAAAUUUUAAAGUUUGAUCGAAUCUUGUCAUAAAUGUCAAAUAUGUAUAAUUAGAGGGAGUAUUCCAUUUUCUAUCACUCGGUAGUUUUGGUUGAUAGAAUAAAAAGGAUAAUGUAAAUUCUACGCAUGCUAUUCUUAAUGCAUUUUAGAACGGUAAAUAAAAAAUUGUAAAUUUCAUUGUUGUUACACAAAUUGUUGGGUGGGUGUAAUAUAGUGUACGAACUUGUAAAAUA